AUAUAUAAUAUAAUGAAGAUGAAUAUAUCUAGGACAGUGUUGAUCACUGGUCUUUUAUUGUUGUCUUAUGUUGUUUGUUAUUCAAGUGCCAUCGUCAUUGGAAUUGAUGUUGGUGCACAAUCAUUCAAGAUCGGUAUGGUCCGACCAGGUGCAUUCGAAAUCGUACUCAACGAACAGAGUCAACGUAAGACACCCUCACAAGUAGGAUGGUUCAGAGAUGAACGUGUCUUUGGUUCAGAUGCAGCCAACCUUUGGGUCAGGAACCCUCAACAAGUAUACUCAAUGUUCGACUCUUUGUUGGGAUCGACUUAUCAAGAGGACAUUGUUCAACAGAUUGGUUUGGGCUCACUGGGUUAUCAGGUGACCAAUGAUACAGAUAGGAAUACUUAUAGGGUGACGUAUGAUGACGAGAGUUAUUACUCACCAGAGGAGCUGAUGGCAAUGAUCUUGAGGAAGGUCAGGGAGUUGGCCAACGCCUACACCCAGUCCACCAACAUCAAGGACUGUGUCAUUGCCGUGCCACCCUGGUUCACACAGCAGCAGCGUCAGGCGAUUCUGGACGCAGCGCAUCUGGGCGGUCUCAACGUGUUGUCGUUGAUCAACAACAUCAAUGCCGCCUCGCUCAACUUUGCCAUGGACCGCACGUUUGACAAGAACCAGACGGCCAUCUUUUACGACAUGGGCGCCAGGUCCACCAAGCUCUCCUUGGUGCACUACAACGUCUUUAACGAGACCAAGAACAAGAAGAACCGUACCAUCACCAACAACAUUGUCAAAUCCAUCGAGUGGGAUGAGACCCUAGGUGGUCUCGACUUUGACAUGGCCAUCGUCAAUCACUUCAAACAGAUAUUGUUGAAGCAAGACCCAAAGAUUGAUACCAAUGAUAAGAAGCUAACGAUCAAGCUUUUGAGGGAAGCCACAAAGGUCAAGGAGACAUUGAGCGCGAAUCAACAGGCACAAGCAUUCAUUGGAAGUCUUGUUGGAGAUUUGGACUUCUCCGCCACACUCUCGCGUAAGGAGUUCCAAGAGUUGUCUGCAUCUCUACUCGAGCGCGCUGUUGUCCCAUUGAAGAGACUGUUGGAGGCCAACGGCUUGACAUCUAAUGACAUUGAUUUCUUCGAGUUGAUUGGUGGAAGUACAAGAAUACCAGCAGUUCAGGACACUUUGAAGGCAUUCUUGAAGAGGAGUACAUUGGACAAGCAUUUGAAUGGUGAUGAGGCAAUUGCCAAUGGCGCCGCCUUUUAUGCCGCCGGUCUCACACACUACUUCCGUGUCAAGGACAUUCGUCUGAAAGAUAUCACACCCUAUACCAUCGAUGUCAAGCUGGUGCGUAGCAACCAGCAGGAGGCCAGCCAGCCCAUCUUGGAGAAUGAGGACAAUGACAACGCCACACCAUCUGCCGGCGACGACCAGACCGGCGAGGAGCAGUCGGCCAACGCCGUCUCGGCCAGCGCCUCAUCAUUCUUCCGCAAGAACAACAGGAUCAACAUCAAGAAGACCCUGUCAUUCUUCUCGAACCAAUCAUUCACAUUGAACGUCACCUACGUUGACCACACACCCGCCAACAUCGCCGUCUACACGGUCUCUGGCGUGCCCGUGCCAUCCGCCGCGCUCAACUUCACUGGCAAGCCCAAGAUCCACUGUUCCAUCCGUUUGAACACCAAUGGAAUGGUCGUCCUGGAGAAGGCAGAGGCCGAGAUCACCGUCUACGCACUCAAGACCAAGGCGAUCCCAAGCAACUCAACUGCCAACGCCACCGCCACAGUGGACGCCACCAACAAUGCCACCAACGCCAAUACCACCGACACUCCAACCACCCAGUACACAACAGAGUUGGUUAGCCGCGUACAACGUAUUCCACUCAAUGUCACUGUGCAAUAUCAAGUCGUUCAGCCAAUGAGCAAGGAGCAGUUGGCCGCCGCCAACACCAGGAUCAACACUUUGGAUGGCAAGGACAAGGCACUGCGCGACUUGAGACACGAGAAGAACAAUCUAGAGUCCUUCCUCUAUGAUACACGCGACAAGCUCGAGUCCGAGGAGUACGUUGAGUGCUCCACUUCCGAGGAGAGAGCGUCCAUUGUCGAGGAGUUGGACAUCGUCUCUGCCUGGUUGUCAGAUGCCGAGGAUAAUGGAGAGGAUGACAUCGCUCAUUACCAAAACAAGCUGAAGCAUUUGAAGACAAAGACAUCAAAGAUUGUUCAUCGUGUUACUCAGAAGGCUGAGAUCCCAAGCAAGUUGGAGGAGUUGGAGAACUUGCUCGCCAAGAUCAAGCCAACUUUGGCCAACAUCUCAGUCGACUUCAAUAUAACUGUUGAGGAGCUGAAGAAUGCCACGGACAAGCUCGAAGCCAUCGCGCUCUGGGCCAAGGACAGACAUGCCGAGUACCAAGUGGCCAACUUUACUAAGGACUUGCCAUUCUCCACCAUCGAAGUGCAGUUCAAGCUAUUCGACCUGGAGAGAUUGUUGAAGGAUUUGUUAAAGAAGAAGAAGAGGGUCACCACUCCAAAGCCAACAAAGAAGCCAACAACAUCUUCCAAGGACAACAAGACAGCUGGUGAGGAUGAGACAGCAAACAACAAGGAUGAGACAACAAACAAUGGUGGAGAGCAGACCGAGCCUGAGACCAACACUGAGACCAACACCGAGUCCACCAACAACAACAAUCAAAGUGAUGAUCAAGGCAGUGAGGACCCAUCCAACAAUGAGGAGUUUGAGAACAACAAGAAGUCUGAUGGACACAAGUCAGACGGACAUGAUGAG